AGCACUGAAUCUUCUGUCUGAAGCCAGAUACUGGAUCCGUGACUGUAAAAUUUUAUAACUCUGAGAAGACGGGAUGCGCUUGUGCCGUGGUUCCAGUCGGUGACGGGAAUGCAUUUACAGGAGGGAAUCCAGUGGGGAAAUUUCCCACAGAUGUGAAAACAGCCACGUGAUAGCCAAUCCUGGUUGUUUGCCCGAAGAGAGUGUAAUUCAAACCUUAUUUAAUCACCGCUUUCAGAAACCCGAAGGACUUGUUCUAUGAAGAAAAUCUUUUCUGGAAAGCCAUCGCAAACAGGAGAAAUGACUUGCUGGAAAGUGGUGAGACCUGUCCUCAUACUCUGCCUGAUCCUCAUCCCCAUAUUUAUCUGGACAGUAGUCUGGAAUGGGCCAGUCCACUACCUGCCAUACUACCUUCCAUGCCCAGAAAUCUUCUCCAUGAAACUACAGUAUGCAGAAGAGAAGCCCGUCCAGCUUUUCCCUCAGCUAGUCUAUCCUCAGCCAAGAUCACUGGAGCAGAAGCGCCUGGACGUGCUGACUCUCACGCCCUGGCUGGCCCCCAUUGUUUGGGAAGGAACUUUCGACUCCAAACUGCUGGACGGCACCUACAAGCCACUGAACCUCACCAUAGGGGUGACAGCCUUCGCCAUUGGCAAGUACACCACCUUUGUGGGCCGCUUCCUUGAGUCAGCGGAGAAGCACUUCAUGAAGGGCUAUCGGGUCAAUUACUACAUCUUCACCGAUGACCCCCAGGCGAUCCUCACAGCCCAGCUGCAGCCGGGCCGGAGCCUCGCUAUUGUCCCCAUCAAGAAAUACUCUCACUGGCAGGAGAUUUCCAUGCGCAGGAUGGAGGCGAUCAACAGGCACAUCGCAGCCGUGAGCCACCGGGAGGUGAACUAUCUCUUCUGCCUGGACAUCGACAUGGUGUUCCACAACCCGUGGGGCGUGGAGACCCUGGGGGAGAGGGUAGCGGCCAUACACCCCGGGUACUACAACGUCCCUCGCAGCCACUUCCCUUAUGAAAGGAGGAGCUCUUCCGCUGCCUUUAUCCCUGACAGCCAGGGGGACUUCUACUAUGGUGGGGCGGUCUUCGGGGGGUUGGUCAAGCAGGUGUAUGAGUUCACCAGGGACUGCCACACGACCAUCCUGGCAGACAAAGCCAAUGGGAUCAUGGCGGCCUGGCAGGAGGAGAGUCACCUCAACAGGCACUUCCUUUCCCACAAGCCCUCAAAGCUUCUCUCUCCGGAGUACCUGUGGGAUGAUACCAAACCCAAGCCCCCCGAGGUCCGCCUGAUACGCUUCUCCACAGUGAAUAAGGACUAUGGUGCGAUCCGGGACUGAUGUGUCAAGCCUUCUUUGUUACCAGGCAAUCGGGCUCUUGGUUUGCUGUUGGUGCAGGAAGCGUCCCGGUCGGAAUUUUGGCUCCCCUUGGGGGACGGAUUGUGGAGCUGGCGCAGGGAAGGGCAGAUGGUUCUUUCAGCUCAGGGAUGGCGUAAAGUACUUGGGAAGGGCGUGAUGAUGCCUCAUUGGCGGUGAUUUCCUGAUCUGCUUCAACGAAUCUAUUUGAUUCCACCUCUCUGUAAAUCUGGGUGCUACAAUUGCCUGGUUGGUGGCCUUUUUUGCCAAGCAAUACCAAAGCCUAGAAUCCCCUGUGUGUGAAAAUACCCACAUUGUAAUUUGGUCUGAGACUGAGUAAUAAAAGGAAUAUCAUCCCUGUCAAAUCUCAGUUCUCAGUGGAAAAAUACAGUUAGCUAUCAUGAAGUUUUUCACACUCCACAAGUGCCUCAUGUCUUAAACAAGGCUCUACUCAUAAUUAACCUGCGGAACUCAUUGCCACAAGGCAUUGUUGAGACCAAGUAUUUAGCAGGAGGCCAAAAACAAAAGGACAUUAAUUGGGGUAAGAAGAACAUCUGCAAUGAUGGUAAAAAAAAGUAAAAGACUAAACAAGGAAGAAAAAUAAGCCCUCAUAAAUGUAGGGCAUAAACCAACCUCAAAUGUUGGGGAUUCUGAGGAAGCUUUUCCUGGGAGCAGGUUUUUCUCUAGCUGCCUGCCACCGGGUCUAUUGCACCUUCCUCUGAUGCAACCAGUUUCAGCCUCUGUCAAAGACAAGCUAUUCAACUAGACAGAACAGUAAUAUUAUCCUCUCUGGCAUUUCCUAUGUUCCUUGUAUCCAGCCCAGUUUUGCAGACCCAAGCGAUCGGAACAGAUCUGACACAGCUCAGCCCAGCGUCUCAAUGUAUGAAUAUCUCACCCUAGGCCUUUGUAAUGGUUCAUGUUUUUGUUUAUUAUGCAGCCUUCUCUGAUAAAGAAAAUGCGGUGUCCACAUAGAGGUGUCCAGGCGGAUAUCCCAUUAUUCUACCCAUUCCAGCAUUCCUAAGCACUGUGACACAAACUAGCUAGAAGCUGUUUUUGCUGGAAAUGGAUGGCCACACACACUGUGUUGGUAGCCAUCUGGUUAAUUUCAUUACAUCCUAUUGAUGAAAUACUGCAGUGAAAUUGUAAGUUAUGUCGUGGGUCUCCCUCCUCCAGCCAAAUAUACUUCCUGGGAUGUUGCAUGUUUAAAAGUCUCCUAGGGGUAGGUAGCUGUGUUAGUUUGUGACUUUAAAAAAGCUUAACAAACGUGUGGCCCUGUAGCACCUUAGAUGCUAU